CAAGAUGUUCAUCGGGGGACUCAGUUGGCAGACUACGCAGGAAGGGCUGCGCGAAUACUUCGGCCAGUUCGGGGAGGUGAAGGAGUGUCUGGUGAUGCGAGACCCCCUGACCAAGAGAUCCAGGGGUUUCGGCUUCGUCACUUUCAUGGACCAGGCGGGGGUGGAUAAAGUGCUGGCGCAAUCGCGGCACGAGCUCGACUCCAAAACAAUUGACCCCAAGGUGGCCUUUCCUCGCCGGGCACAACCUAAGAUGGUCACUCGAACGAAGAAGAUCUUUGUAGGGGGGCUGUCCGUGAACACCACGGUGGAGGAUGUGAAGCAAUAUUUUGAGCAGUUUGGAAAGGUGGAUGAUGCCAUGCUGAUGUUUGACAAAACCACCAACCGGCACCGAGGGUUCGGGUUUGUCACAUUUGAGAGUGAGGACAUCGUAGAAAAAGUGUGUGAAAUCCACUUCCACGAAAUCAACAACAAAAUGGUGGAGUGUAAGAAAGCUCAGCCAAAGGAGGUGAUGUCCCCAACGGGCUCAGCACGGGGCCGGUCUCGAGUCAUGCCCUAUGGAAUGGACGCGUUCAUGCUGGGCAUCGGCAUGCUGGGUUACCCAGGUUUCCAAGCCACAACCUACGCUAGCCGGAGUUACACAGGCCUGGCCCCAGGCUACACUUACCAGUUCCCCGAAUUCCGUGUAGAGCGGACCCCUCUCCCGAGUGCCCCAGUCCUCCCCGAGCUUACAGCUAUUCCUCUCACUGCUUAUGGACCCAUGGCAGCGGCAGCAGCAGCAGCAGCUGUGGUUCGAGGGACAGGCUCUCACCCCUGGACGAUGGCUCCCCCUCCAGGUUCUACUCCCAGCCGCACAGGGGGCUUCCUGGGGACUACCAGCCCUGGCCCCAUGGCUGAGCUCUACGGCGCAGCCAACCAGGACUCGGGGGUCAGCAGUUACAUCAGUGCCGCCAGCCCUGCCCCCAGCACUGGUUUUGGCCACAGUCUUGGGGGUCCCUUGAUUGCCACAGCCUUUACCAAUGGGUACCACUGAAGCAGGGGACAGGUGGCAGGAGCGCCCCAGAGUGCAGCUGACUGAGGACCAGUGUGAGCCAGCGAGGGGUGGGGACACCUCAGCCACAGCAGCCCAGCCCCUCACUGCAACUUGGACCGCUACUGCCUGUCCCCCACUCCUUGGGCCCAGCCCCUGCCCUGCUGUCCCCACACGUCUGGCUCCCCUACUAACCUCCCUUUUUCUGACCAUACCCCCUCUCCCUAUCUGCCUCUCUCCGUGUCUGCUUUUAUUUAUUUUGGAUUAGCCAGUUACCCAUCUCCCCAAAU